AUGACCCCCACCAUUCACCUCGUCCGCCACGCCCAGGGCUACCACAACCUCAGCGUCGCCAACGAGACGAUGCGCGACCCGGACCUCACGCCGCUCGGCGAGCAGCAGUGCCGGGACCUGCGCGCCGCGUUCCCGCACCACGCGCGGCUCGCGCACCUCGUCGCCUCGCCCAUGCGCCGCACGCUCUACACCUGCAUCCUGGCCUUUGGCGACGGACCGGCCGCGCCGUACCCCAUCGCCGCGCUCGACACCCUGCAGGAGCUGUCGGACCUGCCCUCGGACACGGGCUCGUCGGUGGCGGCGCUGGCCGACGAGUUUGGCGCCGCCAAGGUGGACCUGUCGCGGGUGCGGGACGGCCUGUGGACGGACAAGAUGGGCGACACGCCGUUUGAGCCGACAAAGGAAAAGAUUGAGGCGCGCGCGCGCGAGGCGAGACGGGCGCUGCGGGAGAUGGUCGGCCUGGACUCGGAUGCGCAUGUGGUGGUGGUGACGCACGGUGCGUUUUUGCACUUUUUGACGGAUGAGUUUCAAGAUAUCGCCGACGGAAACGCUACGAGCUGGAAAAACUGCGAGUACCGUUCGUACCAGUUUGUCGAUGCGUCGGGCCAGGACGACGGCGCCGCCAUUGUAGAGACGGAUGAGAGCUGGGAACGCCGUCGGGGCGACAAGCCUCGUCUGUCGCAGCAUGACCUUGAUGAGCUUCGCACUGUCGCCCAAGGCCGCAUUGUGCCUCACCUCAAGGCUGCCGCCUCGCGCUUGUGA